CCCUGAUCUAUGAAGCAUACAACCGAUGACAAACUGCAGACUGUAGUACCCAGUAACCAAAAAAAGAAGGGGAAGAAAAGAACAGUUUUUUUCCCGAUCCCUUUAAUUUAAUCUCGUCUUCACCUCGUUUAAAACGUGCAGGCGGACAAUCCAGCUGAUCAUCGUAUAUAGAGCAGAAGAUCCUGCUUCCCAAAUCGACGACGAAGUGAAAACUGAGAAAUUGUCACUUUCUCGGGAAUGUAAUUUUUUUUCUUGUUCUUUAACUGUGUCAUGGAUCCAGAACAGACGUUUAUCCGUGUGCAGGAGAGGUUUUCGCAGAUGUUGACCCCGAAAGUUAGAGCCGCUAUGGAGUAUUUAAGCCUGUUCGGAGCCAUCACCUUAUUCUGUAUUCUCGUAGUUAUGCACGCCAAUUACGUUCAGCAGCCGGGCUGUUCAAGUGAGCUCACGGGUGUUGUGACAUCAGAGGCCCAACUUAUUCAAAUUAAGAUAACUAGUGUGGGCUUGUGGUCGCAUAAUGAAUCUGAUUCAACCAGAACAGAUGCCCCUGACACACCAACUGUAGCAGAUAAAAUAGAGGUUUCUGAUGUGGAUGGAGAUGGAGUGGCAUUUUUGGCUGCAAAGUUUUGGUUGAAUUGGGUUGGUUCAGCUCCUUGGAGGGGAAAAUCAGUGUUCAAGUUUUGGAAGACUGAUACAGAGUUUCUUGAUCAUCAAGCUGAAAUGUCUAUUGGUAGUCAAAACUCCAAGGCGGUGGUUGGAGAUGCUGUGGUCAAAGUUGAUAAAGAGGAGUCACGAAAUAGUUUUUCUUUAUCAGCCAAAGAGACAUUGAAAGCAGCAAUUAUGCACUUUGGUAAGAAGUGGUAUAAGCGCAUCUCAUUUGUUUGGAAGCUCUUGAUAAAGAUACUUGGAAGUUUCCAGAAACUUUGGAAUAUUGCUGGUGUACACUUAGAUCUUGAUAUUCCUAAAUGGAUGGUUAUCCUUCACUUGGACAAGCUUAGCUCUAGUGCAGUGCAAUGGCUUGAAAAGGGGAGCAAGGCAUUUGAACCAAUAUAUUUAUACACUAUGGAGAAGGGGUAUUUCUUGUUGCCCGAUAGUGCCAAGUCUCGUCAUAACAUACACACUAUGAACAUGAGCAUAUCAGCUCGGCACCCCUGCUUUGGAAACAGGUGGCAGCAGCUACUCAUAAACAGAGUUGUUGGAUAUGAUACCAUUUUAAUGAAUAGUUUGUUAACUUCUUCAGGUCAAGGUUAUCUGUAUAAUUAUCAAACAAAGGAAUUUUAUAAUCUUAGUUAUGCACAAGCACCACCCGAAGGGCCUGCUAGAUUUGGAGACUACCUAGUAACCAAGUGUGGGGUGCUUAUGAUGUCCUUAUUUGUAUUUUUCACUACCACAAUGUCCGUAUCAUUUACAUUGAGAGAGACACAGACUCGCAUGCUGAAGUUUACAGUCCAGCUUCAACGCCAUGCUCAGCAUCGCCUUCCAACAUUUCAGCUGAUCUUUGUACAUGUGAUUGAAUCACUAGUCUUUGUACCUAUCAUGAUCGGUGUUUUGUUCUUUCUUUUCGAGUUUUAUGAUGAUCAACUAAUAGCUUUCACAGUCUUGAUUCUUGUUUGGUUAUGUGAACUAUUUACUCUUGUUAGUGCCCGGACACCAAUAUCAAUGAAGUUCUUUCCUCGCUUCUUUUUGAUGUAUUUUCUGGUCUUUCAUAUAUAUUUCUUCUCUUAUCCUUAUGGGUUUUCAUACUUGGCUCUAUCUACAACUGCAUGUUUUAUGCUGCACCUUAUUCUGUAUUUUUGGAAUCAUUUCGAGCUACCUGCGUUGCAAAGGUUUAUGCUAAAUCGACGAUCACAACUCCAACAACACCCAGAUUUCCACAUCACCUCCUCUACGAUCCUUGCAUCAACAUUGCACAUCACAAGAUUGAACACGAGGAACCAGGGAAUUAAUGCAGAUUUGGCUUCUGGGGCCGGGUUGAGGCCUGUAUUGGACCCAUUAAUGCAUCAGAAUAGAGCUGCUGAACCUCAGGGAAGGUCAGAAAAUAAUCCAGACAGGACAGCCGACCCUGUACCAUUUCCUGGCCAGCCGGACCUUCAACAACCAGAAGCCGCUCCCAACCCUGGAUCCAUGAAUUCAUUCAGUUCUUUGUUGUUGUGGAUCUUGGGAGGCUCUUCUGAGGGCCUCAACUCAUUUUUUUCGAUGUUCAGAGAUGUGAGAGACCAAGAACAAGUUUUGUUGAACCCGCGCGUUAAAAUCACUAGACUUGGAUUCGUAGAUGGCAACUGAACGAUUUGACAUCCCGAGGUGAAGAACUUCCUUGUACAGGAGUAAUGUGAGCGAUACAGGUGACUGGACCAAAGAAAAACAAAGUGU